GGCAAAAAUUGGCAUUGGAAUCUCUUCGAUCUCUUCUUAGUGCUGAAUGCAACGGUGGAGAUCCUCAUUCCUUCCCUGUUCGCGAACAUGUCCUUCUUGCGGAUCUGCAGAGUGUUUCGGCUGAUCCGAGUGGUACGUCUGGUGCGCACGGUGAAAUGGUUGCGGAGCCUUCGGACGAUGCUCUUUGCCAUCAUCAAAUCCAUUUCGUGCCUCCUCUGGGCCUUUGUGAUGAUUCUUCUGGUGAUGUUUGUGUUUAGCAUAAUCUUUGGCAAUGCUGCAGCCUCCUUUUUCGAAACCUUGGACCUGGACAAUCCCGUCGAAGUGGACAAGGCCGUGCGAAUGAAACUUUAUUUCGGCAGCAUGUACGAAUCUUGCGUGAGCCUCUUUUGUGCCAUCUUCGGUGGUAACGAUUGGAUGUACUACGGUGAUGUGAUUCGCGAAUUGGAUGACAGGGAUGUGUACUUCAUGUUCUUUGUUUUCUACAUUGGCUUCUGCUUGGUGGGUUUGCUGAAUGUGGUGACGGGUAUCUUCGUGGAUAGCGCGGUGUGCACACGCACGGAAGAUGAGGUUGUGGAUUCCUACCGGGAAGACCUUCAAAGGACCUCCGAUGAAGUGAAGCGCAUCUUCAACGCAGCUGACAUUCACACCAGUGGCCAUUUGACCUUAGAGGCCUUUGAGAAGUGUUUGAACCAAAACGCCUGGGUGGCAGCGUAUUUCGCUGGUUUGGACAUUGGAGCAGACGAUGCAGGUACCAUUUUCACCUUGAUGGACACCAACAAUAGUGGUGACAUUACCGUGGACGAGUUUGUGAAAGGAACCAUGAAACUCAAGGGCCAUGCCAAGAGUAUCGACAUCUUUGCCAUCAUGUUCGACAUCACACGGCUGGGGUUUCAAGUACACAAGCUGUGCUCCUUCGUGGAAGACCAAUUUCGAGAUAUUCGACGUGCGGUGGAACCCCAAAGACGUUUGUCGACCAAACGGCUGUUCAAGCCGGUGAAGCAACUCAUGGCCGAGUUGAACCUGCCCGAGGACGGCGACGAUCCCACGAGGUCGACCCGUUUACGGCUUCAGAAGCGCUUCUCACACGCGCGGGUCGUGUGAGGCAGGUGAUCCUGUACCUGGCAUCAUUCCUUGCUUGGUCGACAAGACAGAGGGACCCUCGAUGCGGCAGUCUACAUGCGGCAGGUGACA